GGGGUCGAAAUUCAAAACGAGUAAUAAGUCUACAGAUCUUGCUUUUUCGAUGCUCAAUCUGCAUCGGCAUCAUUGACUGCUGUCAGCUGUGCCGCCGUGCCAUCACUGUCGCCAACUGUGUUUAAUUUGGUUUCAUUAUCGGUGAUCGUGCCUGACUGUGCCGAACCGCGUACCUGCGACCUGCGACCAGCGUUACCAGAUUUUUACCCACGACGCUCGCUUCCCCUGUUUUUCGCCCGUAUUUCGAUCCCCACUACUAUUCCCCUCAUGCGUGCUCAUGCACGUUCGCGAAGCUCUCCGCAGCGUUAUGGUCCCCACCAUGGUCGCGUCGUCCCCACUUUGCGGCCUUGGGUAAAAAUCUGGUAACGCUGCCUGCGACCUGCUGCGUCUACAACGUCAUCUUCGUCAUUACCUUUCGUACGGUGUGUCGUAUCUGCUUACAGAAAAAUGCAGAUAUCCGAGCCUUCGGCUUUAUUUUGUGGAUGUUAUAAUUGUCUUCUUACGUCGCGUUCCGUGCUCAAGCUACAACCGUGACCAAGUACUGUGUGGGUUCAGUCGACAAUUGAUCAAACAACGAAUUCUGCUGAUCAUUGAAAACGCGCUCUUCCGUUGGAGCGAUUUCAUUAACGCGUAUCCGUAGCUAUCAUGGACGCGUUUUGUGCACGAAGCUACGAAGCAAAGAUCGAAACUUUCGACGCGUGUACGAUCGAUGCUGAGAACGCACGAAGGGAAGUGUCCGAGGGGUGUGAAACGACGGUAGGCGAGGGUGAAAGGUCAUCGCCACGAACGGCUCAUUCAAUGACGGUGGCGGCGGCAUUUCGAGAGGAGACCCGACGCAUCGACGGAACAUCCGAUACGGAUCCGCGAGGAGAGGAAUCCGCGACGGUGGAACAGCGACGACGUCAGCACGAUCAUCGAAACGAUCCUGCCUCGCGGAUACCAUCAUCGAAUGCUCGUCGGAGCAUGACCCCCAUUCGAUUGCCAGCCAUACUGGACGGUGAAUUCUUUACGGUGAUUAGAGUGGAAGAUAGCAACGUCACGGUACGAUGUUCACAGUGUCAGAAGCAUCUGAACGGCAACUUGAAGUCCACUGGAAAUUUUUUGAGUCAUAUCAGAAGGGUGCAUCCGUUCAUGGUCGAUAAGAUUAAAUGUAAAUCGAAUCAGAGGAAACCUGCGAUGAUAUACAUCGACUUAUCGACGGACGACUGCCCGGAAAUUGUCAGAACGAAGAGAGGAUACAGGAAGUGUUACGGAACGGAGGAGUGGCAACCGGGAAACGAGGAAGUCAGCGAGCGGUCCAACGAAUGGUCCGACGGUUCGUUCGCUGUCCGGAGACGCAAGUUGGACGAAACAGAAUGUUCCGAUCUAUUAAAAAUGUCUCAUAACGAUUCGUUCGUAGUGGAGGACGAGUUCGACGCGAUUGGACGCAACGUUGCCGCGAAACUGAGAAAUAUGAGACUGGACCAAAGAAUAAUAGCGGAAAAAUUAUUGAAUGACAUUUUGUUCGAGGCGCAAUUGGGAAAUCUUCAUAGAGAUUCCAACAUACACGUGUGAGAGAGAGGGGAGAGGAGCGUCAUGUCGACACUGUCCUGAAUCUCCACUGAACGGUUCCACGGUGUGCGUAAAGUGCGCGUUCGCCUUGUCACCGAGGUCGCCAACGACCGCGACUCUGACAAAAUCUAACAUGUGAUAUACUUGUUCUUAUUGUCAGUCGCAAAAUUAGAUAUAUUUUUCUGCUUACUUUCCGUCGGAUUCUCGCGACAAAGUAUACGGAUCGCGCAGGAACCGACCAAGAAAUAUUUAAAUUGAAAAAUAUGAAAAUGUACAGUGGAGAAAGAGGGAAAAAUAAGCGAUUUUAAUCCCACUUUUCAGGGAGUAAAGUGGCUUUUUCAGUUCAGCCGCGAAUAAAAUGAUGUAAAUCAUAUUUUGUACGAGGCUGUUUUCAUAUGCACGUGUGUGCGACGAGACGAUAAGUACUGAUCUCGUGCGUGGUUCGAUCGUGUACGGUAGAUGCGGUACGUGGAAUAAAUAUUAUUCCUAUACGUGAAACGUAUCACGUAUGUGUAUCGUGUUAAUGAGAGAUUGCCACGAAUAUAACGAGUCGUUCGGUAUACGAUUUUUAUGAAACUUCCAGUUUCGCUCUGUAAAUAGUAGUAAAUAAUAUAUGUCCACUUACA